UAUACAUUCAGUUGGACCCGAAAAAAUCAGAUCGGAGGUGAGAAGGACAGCGAAGAACGUGGAGAUGAGUCUGUCCGCCAUGAAAGUUUCCGGAGUUCUGGUUCUGUUGGCGGUCUUCGCUUUAGCUUACGGGAAGAAGUCGGGAGAUGUGACGGAGUUGCAGAUUGGAGUCAAGUAUAAGCCGCAGAAGUGUGAACUUCAGGCUCACAAAGGAGAUCGAGUCAAGGUCCACUAUCGGGGAAAGUUAACCGACGGAACAGUCUUUGAUUCAAGUUUCGAAAGGGGUGACCCUAUAGAGUUUGAGCUUGGAACUGGCCAAGUCAUCAAAGGGUGGGACCAAGGACUACUGGGAGCAUGCGUUGGUGAGAAGAGAAAGCUGAAAAUCCCAUCUAAACUCGGUUACGGUGAUCAGGGUUCUCCGCCAAAAAUCCCUGGCGGAGCCACGCUGGUUUUCGACACUGAGCUUGUCGCUGUGAACGGGAAAUCAUCCAACCAAGGGGCCUCGGACAACGAGCUUUGAUUCAAGUAGAGAAAAACAUCAUGUAGUUUACAUUCUCUCUUCUUCAUCUUUGUAUCGUCGAUGACGUUAUUGUGUUAAAUAAAAAAACACGAGGUGUAACACUUUUUUAGUAGGAGAGGAGUGGACA